CAUUUGAUCAUUGAUUAAAAAUCUGCCUAUAGCCCAUUUUCCCAAGGCCCAAAAAAGGGACUGAGUAUAAAGAAAAUAGUGAGAAAAUCAGCAGAGACGUCUGAGAAUUACAGAGGCCAUGGAUUUUACUCCGAUCAAAGACGCCAUGACCUCCAAAUCCUACGGCAAAAUCGCAGACAUCUGCGACGAUCUCAUGCUUCAGGUUUCAACUCAAGGCAUUGCUUUUGAAGACGAGUGGCCCUACACGAUUCAUCUUCUGGGCCACAUUUAUGUUGACGAUAUUAAUAGUGCUCGGUUUCUGUGGAAAUCGAUACCUCCGGCUAUCAAAGAGCGGCAACCGGAGGUAGGUGCUGCUUGGAAAAUUGGCCAGAGGCUUUGGACGCGGGACUAUGCGGCUGUGCAUGAGGCUAUUCGAGGCUUUGAGUGGAGCCAAGAAGCACAGUGUAUUGUGGCUGCAUUUUCAGAACUUUACACCAAGAAGAUGUUUCAACUGCUGCUAUCUGCCUAUUCUACAAUAAGCAUUCAAGACACAGCUCUUUUUCUGGGAAUGAGUGAGGAUGAUGUGACAAACUAUGUGGUAGAGCAAGGUUGGACAGUGGAUUCGGCCUCGCGAAUGCUAACUGUGAAGAAGCAGCCUAUUGUCACGGAGCAGAAACUAGAUCCCAGUAAAUUGCAGCGCUUAACAGAAUAUGUCUUCCAUCUUGAGCAUUGAUCAAGUUGUGAAGAAUGUGUACCCUUUUUAAAUUGGGUUCCCUACCUAUAUAUUUCGGGUAAAAGAGCAAGUUCAUUGAAGUUGAUUGAACCUUGAAUGUGCAGUAGAGCCAAGGUCGUGGUCUUCCAUCUUACAUUUUUCGCCUGUCAAGUAAUUUUUUUUUUCUUUAAUUGAUGGCUUUCUGGUUUUAGAUAUUACAGAUAUCGUUUUCUACUACUUAGAAGCUGCUUUGAUUUUCUUACUAAA